CUCGCGGAGCAGCGGCUGCCCGCGGAGCCUGAGGGGAGCCCGGCCUUAGCCCUGCCGCUGCAGUGAGCACCGGAGCGGCAGCGAGACCCCGACCCCGGCCUCUGCUCUGCCGCAGGAGCAGCCAUGAGCCCCGAGGAGAAGCCGCCCCCCGGCCGCUCCCGCGAUGACCGGCCACCGCCGCCACCUCAGCCCGCUCCCGGCCGAGGCCGCCGGCGAGGCGGCUUCCUGACGGAGAUCCGCACGCCCAUCCGCACCGAGCCCUUCCAGGAGCGGUACAGCCUCAGCCCCGGCAGGGAGCUCGGCAGGGGCAAAUUUGCAGUGGUGAAGAAGUGUAUCCAGAAAGACACUGAAAGAGAGUUUGCAGCAAAAUUCAUGAGAAAAAGAAGAAAGGGCCAAGACUGUCGGAUGGAAAUAAUCCAUGAAAUUGCAGUCCUUGAGCUGGCACAAUGCAACCUGUGGGUCAUCAACUUGCACGAAGUUUAUGAAACUGCAACAGAGAUGAUUUUAGUCCUGGAAUAUGCUGCUGGAGGUGAAAUCUUUGACCAGUGUGUGGCUGAAAGAGAGGAAGCCUUCAAAGAAAAGGAUGUUAAACGACUUAUGAAGCAGAUCUUAGAAGGAGUUUCAUUCUUGCACAGAAACAAUGUGGUUCAUCUUGACUUAAAGCCCCAAAAUAUUCUACUAACCAGUAAGUCUCCUUUGGGAGACAUUAAGAUAGUGGACUUUGGCCUUUCCAGAAUAAUGAAGAGCAGUGAGGAACUAAGAGAAAUCAUGGGAACUCCAGAAUAUGUAGCUCCUGAAAUUCUGAGUUAUGACCCCAUCAGUACCGCAACUGACAUGUGGAGCAUUGGAGUCCUGGCGUAUGUUAUGCUAACAGGGAUAUCCCCUUUCUUAGGGGAUGAUAAACAAGAAACAUUCUUAAAUAUAUCUCAAAUGAAUGUAAGUUACUCUGGAGAAGACUUUGACCUCGUCUCAGAGUCAGCCGUGGAUUUCAUCAAAACUCUGCUGGUUAAGAAACCUGAAGACCGGGCAACUGCUGAAGAAUGUCUUCAACAUCCAUGGUUAAAACAAAGUGAUAAUCCUACUUGCAGAGCCAGGAAUGAGAGUACAGGAGGGGAGACCAGCAAUAUCACCCCGAAAGAUGCAGAUUCUGCCUCUGAAAAAUCAGUUGAUGCUGAGAAGACCGAAGAGGAGGAAUCAAUAGUGACAGAAGAACUAAUUGUAGUGGCUUCAUAUACACUGGGACAAUGUAGGCAGUCAGAGAAAGAAAAAGCAACUGAGCAGAAAGCCAUUUCCAAACGAUUUAAAUUUGAGGAACCAUUACUGCAAGAAAUACCAGGAGAAUUCAUUUACUGAAGUCUGGAGCUCCAUAGGGGUAACUGGAAGGCAGUGGUUCCUACUAAACACAAAUAUCCUAGCCAAGUGAAUUUCUGAUAUGCAAUAAAUGUUCUAGAUCUAAAAAAAAACAAAAUGUCAAUAAAUGGCAUUCAAGGAAAAUGUGCCAAGCUUUUAAUUCCAUGGAGCAGAUAAGAUUUCAAGUGGCUGACAGGAAUUUAACCAAGAUAAAAAGCUUAUUUUUGUUUGUAACUUUUAUUUCUGUUUUUGUUGCUGGAUAGCAGAGGUUUUGUUAAUUGUUCCAGUGUUUGGGGGAAGUUGACUUUGGAAAUGUUUCAGUGAUGGAUGUCAAAAGGAGUAUUUUAGGUUAUGUUUUGGCAUUUAAUGCAAAUAUAUAAUGCUGGGUUUUCCUCAAAAGCCUCUUAGCACUCCUGACUUCAGUGGAAUUAUCUACUGAUCUAAAAAGGUUGUACAAGAGGAGAAUUUGAUCAACUGGUUUGACAUACAGAUUUCAGAGUUAUCCUGUGUAUAUAUUUCUGUUUACAUCAAGUCACAGACCCAGACUCAUCUGAUGUAUAGCCAGGCAGUGAGCUCCUUUUCUCUAGGGAGAGAUGCACAUAUCCCACAGGUAUAGAAAUCUGUAUCUGGGAACAGUUUCAGAUCACAGUGGUGAUACUUCUUUAUAUGGGAGUACAGUAAAAUCCUGCUGCAGAGGGUGAUGAAUUUUGCUUCAGUCACUCUUGAGAGCCAGCAGAGAUUAUUCCCCUUCCCUUCUGUGUUGGGUGAGAUGUGCUGAUAGAAUACAGCUCAGUGUGACUGCAGUGUUGAGAAGUGGAAAAACGAAUGACAAAGGGUCUGAUAUAGCCUUGAAGUUCUCUCUACUGACUUCGCCAUGUUAGAUCAGGCAGUUUGUCCAACUAAUGAUAAAUCAGCCCUUGAUUCCACCUCCCCCAGAACUCAGCUGGGAAUUUACGGGGAGUAUGAGGUCACUUCUGCCUUAUUUCUCUUCCUCUAACCGCUGCUUUAAGGAAGAAAAAAGCAUCCUUAGGCUAAAUUGCAUAACCUUGUUCAAUAUAGCUAUCAGAUGGGGAAGAAGGUGCCACUUCCUCUGAAACAAUGAAGUGCAACUUAUGCCUCAUGCUUUCCCUUAGAGACUUGGAAAAACAGCAUGUGUAUGAUGGGGCAGAGUGGGAUUAGGGAGCUGUGUGGAUGGGUCAUAGUUCUCAAUGGACGUGGUCCCGCAGAGGACAAAGCUGGGACCAAUUGGGCAACAAAAUUGACUGAUUUUUGCAAUGUACAGGUCUGAGGAUCUCAGACUAAGUCUUGGUUUUCUAAGAAGUCUUUCAUAUUGAUGCUGUUCCAAAGUUUAAGUUUUAUGUAAUUGAAGUUUAGUACUAUUAUAUUGCAUACUGUUAACUAUUCAACUAUUUAUUUGGUUUCCUUAUGCUGUUCCUUUAUAAUAAACCCUGACAAAAGUUUUCUUGCUAUAAAACAAUGAAUAGAGACUCUUAGGCUAGUUCUUUUAUUUCCAUGUUGCUGACCCUACUGACAAUGCUGAUCUCUCUCAGACUUUUCAGGCACAACAGUACUUGUGAUGGGUGUCCUUUUACUGCUCAGUCAUUUGCCAAGGCAAUUUGCUUGGGUGAGGGGACACUAAGUUAUGAAAUCCUGUUGUGCAGCACAAUUUCUCCCAGCUUCCAUCACUGCCAUUUUUACUUCUUUUUUCCAUAUCCAUACUUCCUUGCUUUUAUGAAGUUGAGCAAAGCACUGAGGUUGAAGCAAGUUUACAUCUGCCCUUGCAAAACAACGCUGCCAUACCUGCAUACCUAAGCAUGUAACAGCACAUGAUUGCUCACAGCAAAUCAUUUAAGGGAUAUAUAGCUAUUUCAAUUCCUAUUUGUAACCACAGAUGAUGUCUUGGAUGGGGGCUAGUACUGAUGAAACAGAGUAGAUGCUGAGCAGCAUACAUUUUGUGCUAUAUUUACUGGUAUCAAUGUAUGACAAUGAAGCUUAAUAUGUAUAAAUGACCUAUGUACUUAUUACAAGGCCAGCUUCUCUUGAAUUGGCUGCUUUGAGAUUUCCAGUGGGCUAUGUUUGUUGAACUUUUUGUGCCUUAAGAUGGUUUUAUACAGUGUUUUUUAACAUUGUUGAGAAUUUGUAUAAAGUUGUGAAAGUUUAAUAGUAUAAUUAUACACAAGGCAUCUUAGAUUGGGCCUGUAAUAGGAAAAACUCUCUGUAACAUUUAACUGCAGGACUAUCAGCCAGUCCCACACACUUGAAGCUGUUUCUGUUCCACUGUGAGUGUGGGUAAAGCUGUAAAUAAGGUAUUCUGUAGAGAAGGGGCUGUCGAGGUUAAUGUUUUUGAGACGCUUUGUUAUGAGUGAAUUAACAUGCCAAGACUGGGAACAAAUCAGUAGCAUGGGAAGAAGAGCUGGUUUUCUGCAGCUCCAUAAAUACAGAAGAUUGCAUGUACAUACGUGUCUCAUCUGAAAGCUGCUUAUGCCUUAAAUUAUGGGAAGGGUGGGAAGGGAGUGUGUGCAGAGAAGGAAUCCACCCCCUGGACCUCAUGGGCAAUGCUCUCUGUCCCUGCUCUCACCUGCUGGCUGCAUUCCUAGCACUGGGAGCAUGGUUCCAGUUUGCUUGAAUGCAGGAAGCUGGAAGGAAUGGCAGUGUGUCGGUGUUCUUAAAAGUUGCUGGGGAAUUGUUAUUUCUAUGGUUCUGAUGUGAGAGACAUGAACUCUGUAGGCAGGGUAAGCCCAGGACUCUGCCUCUGUUGCAGUUGUUGGAAUAAACAGCUAGUUAAAAGCAAA